CGGGCGCGUAGCGCCAGUGCAGCCAACAGUAGCAUGCACGAGACAAUGUGGAUGCGGCGUAGCAGCCGCGUGUCAGGCCUCAUCUGCAACAACGUUUGAAAAUAUGGUGAUGGACAUGCACCGGUCCCGGUACCAUGAUGACUUUAUCCAGCUGCGGUGCCUUGGCAAGGGUGGAUUCGGCAAGGUGUAUGAGGUGCGCAAUAAGCUUGAUGGGCGUCGCUAUGCGGUGAAGCAGAUCCGGAUCAAAGGCGAGAUCACAGCAGAGAAGACGCUGCGGGAGAUCAAGACAUUGGCGAACUUGGACCACCCGAAUAUCGUCAGAUACUAUAGCAGCUGGAUUGAGGUCACCAAGAUCCGGCGCAAGGGGUCCAGCCAAAAGUCGUCGUUUGGGAACCACCGGCUAGCUCACUCGACAUCGCCGCUGGCGGCUAUGUAUGGCAUGCCAUUCGGUGCCCACGCUGCGAUGAGCGGAGGGCUUGACCGAUCUGCUACGCCAGACAGUCAGCGGCGCCAUCAGGAGCUGACUGUAUCUUCAAACGAAUCAGAAUCGGAUUCAGAGCUUGCUUCUGGCACGCAUAUGCAGCCUUUGCGCAAUCCGUUUGGCCGCCGGCGUGGCUCGGUUCUGCCAGCAGCCAAUGGCAGAGCGGUCGGAUUGAACACAGCGUCGGAGCCGGUCACUGCUUACUGCAAUCAGCGGCAUGGGCUUUUCUGGCGACAAGUUUUACACUGGCGAGGAGGCAGUGAUGCUUGAGGUGAGCCUUGGCCACACCAAUGGCAAGGACUACGUGGCAGCAGGAGGCAGAUGAAGAUUGUGUUUGAGCGGUCAGGCGGCAAAGAUAUAUGUAUUGCAGCGGUGGCCUGAUGAUACAGUGGAGAUCGAGGGAAUUGAUGACGUGUCAUGCGACAGUGUGCUAGUUGCCAAUGUGCUUGAGGACCACAGCAGCGACUCGAGCAACAGCAGC